AUGCCCAAAGGACUUGACUCGUUGCCAGCAAGAGCUCUGACCUGGACGGAGACCCUCGAUGCGCGCUAUAAGCAGGCAGCUCCGUCCCUGCUCAUCACGGCAUUCGCAUCGGUGGGUGUGAUUUAUGGUGACAUAGGCACAAGUCCGUUGUAUGUGCUGAAUGGUAUUUUCCCCCCAGAGGGGCCCGCACCAAGUGCCGAAGACGCGCUUGGAGCAAUUAGCGCAAUUCUUUGGGCCUUGACAAUUGUCCCACUGAUCAAGUACAGUCUGAUUGCUCUAGAGUUUGGAACCGGAGAAGGAGAAGGAGGUCCCUUUGCCUUAUUCUCACAAAUGUAUCCACCUGAGAAACCUGGUGCGGAAUUAGCUUUGCCUUCCAUAACGUCAAUUGUGCAUCUCCCAUCGGGAGCUACACCCUUUCUCAGCCGACGAUUUGUAAAACCCAUCAUGAGAGUCAUCACACUCUUUGCGGUCGCUUUGAUCAUCAGUGAUGGUAUCCUGACACCUGCCGUCUCAGUCUCUAGCGCUGUGUCCGGAAUAUCGAUUCCAGCGCCAUCAUUUUCUUCUAAGGACAUCGAACUCGUCUCUAUCGCAAUUCUCGUACUCAUAUUUCUUUCACAGAGUUAUGGUACCAACAAACUUGGAAUGUCUUUUGCACCCAUCGUCACUGUUUGGCUCUUGUUACUCUCAUCCAUAGGAAUUUACAAUAUCACCAAACACCCUGCGAUCUUCAGAGCAUUCGACCCGAGUCGUGCUAUUCUCUACUUUGUUCGUGUCAAAGAUCUUACACCUCUCAGUGGUGUUUUGUUGGCCAUAACUGGGGUCGAGGCUCUCUUUGCCAAUCUCGGCCAAUUUUCCAAAGGAGCUAUCCGUUUAAGCUUCCUGGCUUGGAUUUAUCCUGCGUUGAUUCUAGCCUACCUUGGUCAAGGUGCUCAGCUGAUCACAAAUGGAGAUCAUGUGAUCACCAACAUUUUUUAUCAGUCUAUUCCUGGCGGAAGUGGUGGUGGACUUUGGUGGAUUGUCUGGGUAUUUGGAAUGCUAGCAACCAUUGUUGCCUCUCAAGCAAUGAUUACAGCUUCUUUUUCAUUAAUUCAACAAAUGGUCGGCUUGAAAGCUUUCCCUCCUGUCGCCAUCAUUCACACCAGCAAAACCUCACAGGGCCAAAUAUAUGCACCAAGUGUCAAUUUCAUCCUUCUUAUCGGUACCGUUGGUGUGACCGCUGGAUUUGGAAGUAACUCGUCACUAACUUCGGCCUAUGGGUUUGCCGUGGCUGGGGUCCUCAUCUCGACCACAUUCUUGAUGACAAUGGUGAUGUAUACUAUUUCUCCUCAGGUUCACGUCAAGGGAGUGAAUUUAUGGGUGGCCAUCUUGUUUUUCGUAGUCACCGGGUUCGUGGAUGCCAUGUUUUUUGCAUCCACAAUACAAAAGAUCCCACACGGUGCUUGGUUCACUCUCACCAUUGGAUGUUUGAUUGGGAUUUUCUUACUUUUCUGGACUUGGGCCAAAGAAUUAGAGGAUCUGUUCGAUGCACGAAACCGGGUCCGCUUGAGUCAACUUUUGAUCCAUCGCCUGCCUCAUUUGCCUUCCAAUCCAUCCAAGGAAAACGACUCGCUUAGCUCUGGCGAGAAGGAAAUCAUCAAUGAAUCAGAUCCUGUGAAUCAUCCCGUCAAUCAAAAUGAAAUUAAUACACUCAAAGCUCGUCUUGCAAUUGUCAAAGAUACUUCUAUGCCAAUGAUUUCAGAUUUAGCCCUUCACGAAGAACCUGAAGAAAUUGAAGAAGUUGAUGAAAAAUUACACGAUAUAAUUGAACAAGAUCCUGGUACCUUGCGUGGAAGCAUCUUAACUACAAGCCGCCGCUACGAUAGUCCAACACCUCAAAGUGAAAAUCCACAUAGCCCAACUCAGCAAAGCUUACUUGAAGCUCCAAGAAAUUCAUCAUCCAGAGAUCCAUCGCCAGGUGCUGCUCAAAAGGUUACCAUAACAGAACCAGCUGAACGAAAAACUUCGAUCAACACUGCAAAUUACCCACCAAUCCAAUCUGUAAAUGCUACAUCUCAACAGGAUCUUACCGGCCCAUACAGCUCGAUUCCGAAUGCACAACAUCGUCAGGCAUCACAAGUCAGUAGCUUGCUCGGUAGUGAAGCAGGUGGACUAGAGAGCCUGACCUUGAAUCCGGAGUUUUAUGAAGGAAGAAGACUAACUGAUCCAUUACCAAGACUAGAAUGUUUUUCAUUCUUUCAUCAUCACGGUAGAGGGAUCGGAGCUCCCCAUGCGUUUACUUCACUACUUAAACAUCAACCAGCUUUACCUAGAGUCAUUGUUUUUCUUUCUAUCAGAGUUGUUGGCGUACCUCACCUACAGGAAGAGGACAAGUAUCUGAUAGAUAAGCUUCGUAGUCUUGAAGCUCUGAGACUUGGCUACAAAGACGAUCUCGAUCUACGUGAUCUGACCGGACCGACCUUACAAAGAAUCGUAGCCAUGGAACGAGGCACAAACAUGCCUGGUCACAACUUUUCAAUCGAGUCACGUAUCUCACAAUUCGUAAAGGCUUCGGAAAACACUAAUCAUAUACUUCCUCAUUACCAUUGUACCUCUAAGCAAAUCGAUGCAACAAAGAACCCAUUCAAACGAGCCAGAAAUGCUAUUCGAGGGUUUCUAUUGGAGGAAGUAUACCGUAGAGUAUCUCAAAACUUUCCUGAGACUUCGAAUUACAUUAUUGAUGAUUCCAAAGUAUUACGUAUCGGAGUCAAUGCUGAGAUCUAA